CAACCGCAAUCACAACUAUCCAGUAGGGGUUAACUAGUGCGCUCCCUGCUGCAGUCGCUAGGGGGAGCUCGUCUCGUCCCUCGCCCUAAACGGGUCCUCGUUUGCGCACGCGUGAUGCCUUUCCUCCAGCGGUUUGCCCCCACACCAGCUACGUUCGAGCGGCGCGUUCCAGGCCUUUUCCGACUUAAAGCCCUGCGGCUAGGGGCCGACCGGAAGCCCAGAGGAACUACUGCUAGAGGAGGAGUAGGUAACAGAGGUGGAAGUGAAGCCGGAAGCGUGACUAACCAGGCGGCCUCCCCAGGCUGGCGAAGCAGGAAGGACAAGGUGCCGGCUUGGCGGGGUGUGGCCUCGGGAGGCGGAGGGCGCUGCGAUUGGCCCUCGGCUGUGGCGACGGCGACGAUUGGCCCCUGAGUGCGGAGGGAGAGGUCCCCCUUGUUGGAAGUGAGGGGGAACAUACAGCUAAAAAGACCCCCGGUCAAGGCUCCUUCUCGGCUGCCUCUUCCGGGAACCAGGUUUAAGAGGGGGCCUGACCAGAUGGAGGAUGCCUUGGAGCCUGAGAAGAAAAGGACACGAGGCCUGGACACAGUGACCAAAAUUGCCACAUCCCGCCCCAGAGCACCAGCCCUCACCACAGUGCCACAGACACAAGGCCAGACCACAGCUCCAAAAGUUCCCAAGAAGACAGGACCCCGAUGUUCCACAGCUGUUGCCACAGCGCUGAAGAAUCAGAAACCAGGCCCUGCUGCUCCUGCCCAGAAGCCUGGAGCGGCUGCUCCCGUGCUGGGAGGGAGGAAACCCACCAAACGUCCGGCCUGGGACUUAAAGGGUCAGUUAUGUGACCUAAAUGCAGAACUGAAAUGCUGUCGUGAGAGGACUCAGACAUUGGACCAGGAGAACCAACAGCUACAGGACCAGCUCCGGGAGGCCCAACAACAGGCCAAGUCCCUGGGGGCAGAAUGCAGGACACUGGAAGGGGAGUUGGCCAGGGCGCAGGCCCAGGCCGAGCAGGGCCAACAGGAAUUGGGGAACCUAAGGGCCCUCGUCCUGGAGCUAGAAGAGCAGCUGGGCACACAGCAGGGCUUGGUGCAAGAGCUCCAGAAAGAACAGUUGGGGUUGCAGGAGGAGCGAAGGGGACUGGCCGCCCGGCUGGAGGAGCAGGAGAGGAGGCUACAGGCGUCAGAAGCAGCUCUGUCAGGCAGCCAAGCAGAGGUGGCGUCUCUGCGCCAGGAGGCUACAACCCAGGCGGCCUUACUAGUGGAGCAAGGAGAACGUCUCCAUGGGCUAGAGAUGGAGCGCCGGCGAUUACACAACCAGCUACAGGAACUCAAAGGCAAUAUCCGUGUGUUCUGCCGGGUCCGCCCUGUCCUUCCAGGGGAGCCCACCCCACCCCCUGGCUUCCUCCUGUUUCCCUCUGGCCCUGGUGGGCCCUCUGAUCCUCCAACCCGCCUCAGCCUCUCCCGAUCUGAUGAGCGUCGUGGGACCCUGAGUGGGGCGCCGGCCCCCCCCACCCGCCAUGACUUCUCCUUUGACCGGGUCUUCCCACCAGGGAGUGGACAGGACGAAGUGUUUGAGGAGAUUGCCAUGCUUGUCCAGUCAGCCCUGGAUGGCUACCCAGUAUGCAUCUUUGCCUACGGCCAGACAGGCAGUGGCAAGACCUUCACGAUGGAGGGUGGGCCUGGGGGAGACCCCCAGCUGGAGGGGCUGAUCCCUCGGGCCCUGCGGCAUCUCUUCUCCGUGGCCCAGGAGCUGGGCAGCCAGGGCUGGACCUACAGCUUUGUGGCAAGCUAUGUAGAGAUCUAUAAUGAGACUGUCCGAGACCUGCUGGCCACCGGGACCCGGAAGGGCCAGGGUGGCGAGUGUGAGAUUCGCCGGGCAGGGCCAGGAAGCGAGGAGCUUACUGUCACCAAUGCCCGAUAUGUUCCUGUCUCCUGUGAGAAAGAGGUGGAGGCCCUGCUCCAUCUGGCCCACCAGAACCGGGCUGUGGCCCGCACAGCCCAGAAUGAGCGAUCAUCACGCAGUCACAGUGUGUUCCAGCUGCAGAUCUCUGGGGAGCAUGCUGGGCGAGGCCUGCAAUGUGGGGCCCCCCUCAGCCUUGUGGACCUGGCAGGGAGUGAGCGGCUAGACCCCGGCUUAACCCUUGGCCCUGGGGAGCGGGAACGCCUUCGGGAAACCCAAGCCAUUAACAGCAGCCUGUCUACCCUGGGGCUGGUCAUCAUGGCCUUGAGCAACAAGGAGUCCCAUGUGCCUUACCGGAACAGCAAGCUCACCUACCUGCUGCAGAACUCUCUGGGUGGCAGCGCUAAGAUGCUCAUGUUUGUGAACAUUUCCCCUCUGGAAGAGAACGUGUCCGAGUCCCUCAACUCCCUACGCUUUGCCUCCAAGGUGAACCAGUGUGUUAUUGGUACGGCCCAGGCUAACAGGAAAUGAAGACUGAUCCAGAUCCUGUCGUUCGAACCGCCAGGGCCGGCCCGCCCGCUGCCCAUUGGCUGGCUCUCGGCGGCGUCACUGCCUCGCUACUAGCUCUCCUGGUCUGAGCACCCGCCCUAGAAGCGCUGGGCGGGACGCACGCCCGCUGACUAGCUCGCGCCAACCGGUAACGGCCGCCGCCCCAUAGAGGAGGGGUCCAAUCCUCCCAGGUGCCGCGCGCGGGAGGGGUCACGCGUGCGCAG